AUGUUUCUUCGAUAUGCUUCAGAAUCUAAGGAAGUUGAUGACAAUGUGGAACAUAAGGUACAGAAAGAGAAGUCAAAGAAGGUUAUAUCUUCCAACGAUCAGAGUCCUUCAGGAAAGCUAGACUUCAUUGACUGGGUCCAACGUUUGGCAGUUUCCUACCACUUCGAACAUGAAAUUGAAGACGCAUUGGCAAAGAUUCACAGCAUUUAUACCAGUAACAACAAUGUUGUUAGGCAGGAUGUGGUGAUAAUCUUCACUUUGUGGCUUUACUCUUUCGAUGUAUUUGAGAGAUUCAAGGACAUCAAGGGAAAGCUUAAUAAUGAAAGUCUCGCCGAAGACGAUGUUGAAGGAAUGUUGGCCCUGUAUGAAGCUACACAAUUGGAGGUUCCCGAAGAGAGCAUACUGGAUGAAGCUCUUCAUUUCACUUACACCUGCCUUAAAUCCCUCAUAGAUAACUACCAACUGAGCCCUUGUCUCAAUCCACGUGUCAACCACCGCUUAAGUCAGCCUCUGCACAAGAGAUUGCAUAGGCUAGAGGCAAGGCAUUACAUGUCUUUCUACCAACAGCAAGAUCCUUCCCAAAAUCAUAUAAAGUUGUUUGACUUUGCGAAACUGGAUUUCAAUAUGCUGCAGCAUUUGCAUAAAAGAGAAAUUGGCAAUAUCACCAAGUGGUGGAAAGAAACAGAGUUGCCCAAAGAGGUGCCUUAUGCCAGAGAUCAAUUGGUGGAAUCCUACUUUUGGUCUUUAGCCAUGUCUUAUGAGCCUCAACUCAGCACUACAAGAAUGAUAACUGGCAAAUUGGUUGCUAUUAUCUGUCUUCUUGAUGAUAUCUAUGACACCUAUGGCACACUUGAAGAACUUGAACUUUUCACAUAG